GCAGCCCUUGCCUCUACCCUUCUGAGGCAGGAGAGGGCAUCUCUGCAGGUCUGAAAAGGAAGGGGAGGUAAGAACGAUAUCGUCACACUGGGAGGCCCAGUACGGGCAUACCUGUAGCUCCUGGGGUCCCACUGGGUCUGAGGGCGACUUUUCACCUUUUUGGAGGAAAAGAUGUGUUGUUGGAAGACGUUGCUGCUUCUGCUGUUGUACUAUGAUGCUCAGGCCACUCUGUCGCACAGGUGGAACAGGGCCGUGCUCUUCCCUGCCGCCCACCGGCCAAAGAGAUCCUCGUCGGUGCCGUUGAACCCCGUCCUGCAGAACUCCCUGGAGGAAGUAGAGCUGCUCUAUGAGUUCCUGCUGGCUGAACUUGAGAUCAGCCCUGACCUGAAGAUCUCCAUCAAGGACGAGGAGCUCGCCUCCCUGCGGAAGGCCUCGGACUUCCACGCCGUCUGCAACGAUGUGAUCCCCAAGAGCAUCCCAGACAUCCGGCGGCUGAGCGCCAGCCUCUCCAGCCACCCAGGCAUCCUCAAGAAAGAGGACUUCGAAAGGACAGCGCUGACCCUGGCCUACACAGCCUACCGCACAGCCUCGUCCCAAGGGCAUCAGAAGGCUAUCUGGGCCCAGUCCCUCCUUAGCCUCUUCCACGCCUUGAGGCAUGACUUGAUGCGGUCCUCGUGUCCUAGAGCAUCUCCCUGAGAGACUGGCUGGCACCAGGACCACGGAGCAGGGACCAGCACACAGUAAUCCAGAAAUUCUUCAUUCUCUACUCCAUUUACAGAGAACAGCCACAAAACACAUACCACCGGCUCAGAGCAGCAAAGAUAAAAUAAGAAACACCGAUGCUCUUCGCCCCUUGUAAUUUCUUGACAAGCAUAAGACUGUGAUUCAUAUCAUAAUGUGAUCUGGGCUGGAAAAAAAGGGCUGGAAUGGUAAUUCAAGAUGCCUCCAGAGGCUGAAUGGUUUGCCUGGUGAAUUGCAGGAGUCUAAGAUAUGCUUUAACAUUGAGUGACUGUAACACAAACACCCAAGGGUGAGGACAGAGCCAGGAGAGACAUAACAGAAGUUUGGGCGUGGCGGGAGAGUGGGGGACAGAUUUCUUCGGUCCUAAGAGAUCAGGGUGCUGGAUUGAAUGAACCCCUUUCCAAAGUUCUGUAGUAAGAUAUAAAGAAACUAGAGCUAUAGCCAAAUAAAUACGUCGUUAACCAAGGAUAUACUUCUCAACUUUUCCAAAAGUCCCCAAAAAGAAUCAGUCAGAAAAUCAACCAUGACCUAUAUAUCUAGACUCUUCUUUCCUGAAGCCUGGUCAAAUGUAGAGGAGAAACAUGAAGGGGGCCAACAGAAAUGCUACUGUCAUGCCUUGCCUUUUGAACAGAGGAACCAAGCUAAUGCAGAGAGGGUCAGCCUAACGAAAGAGGUGGCACCAGUGCCACGG